AUGACAAAUCAAUCAUCAUCAUGGCAUAGAAUAAGAGUGAUUAGUGAUGAUAGAUAUCUUCAAUUAUAUCCAUCAACUACUUCAUUGUGUUGUGGUACAUUGAUCAUGCCAUCAAAUGAUAACUGUGAUGAUGAAACAACAACCAAGUUUAGAUUACAUAAUCAAUAUCAUAUGUUUCUAUAUAAAUUAGAUCAUGUUAAUACAUUUAGAAUUAAUAAUAAUAUAAAGAAUAACAAUAGUAAUAGUAGUAAUAGUAAUAAUAAUAGUUAUUUACAAUAUCAUCAAGGUUCAAAAGAAUUAUUAGUAUCUUUUCAUCUUUUAAAUAAUCAACAACAAAAACAACAACAACAACAACAAAAUGAUACUAGUUCCUCAUCUUCAUCUUCAUCAUCUUUAUCAAAAACAAUAAUAUUAGUAUCAAUAACAUUUUCAAGACAAUUUGGAUUAAUGGAUGAUGAUAUUGUUCAUUCAAGAUUAGUACCAAUUCAAUCAGUUUCAUUACAACGUGUAAUAUUAUUAUCAAAGGAUUUACAAUCAUUUGAAAGUGUUACUAUUCCUCAAGACAAACAACAACAAUCGGUGAUCAAGAAAUAUCAAGCCAAUCAACAAUUUAAAUCAUUUGUUGCAGAGAAUGGAAUAACAUUUAUACAAUCAUCAAAUAUAUCAAUGGAUGCACAAUCAAGUUUUACAGUAUUGGAAUGUUAUCCAAUGUUACAAGGUUGUAUAAAUGAUUCUACAACUUUAAUCAUUGUUGCACCAGAUUCAAUUCAUCAACAACAACAUCAACAUCAACCAUUUGUUAAAUCUAUACCAUCAACAACAUCAUUAUUAUCAACAAAUGGUAAUAAUAAUCUUAGAAUAUCAAAUUUUAUUAUUCAUCCAUUAUCUACUCCUGUUCCUACAGUUCCUACUCCCAUUUCAUCAUCAUCGUUAUUUCAUUUUACACCAAAUUCAAAUAGAACAUUAUCAAAUAAUAUAGUACAAUCUAGAAUAAUGACAACUAUACCACAUGAAAUUGAUAUACGAUUGAUUGAUCAAAACUAUGAUUAUAUGAAUGAUUGUUGUGUUACAUUGACAACGCUGAAACAAUUGGGUUUGUUUCAUGGUUCAUUUAUCAAACUAAACAAUACUCGUUUGAAUCAACAAAUCGUAGUUAGAGUCUAUUCAAUCAUUCCAAUUGGGUUGGGUUCAAAGUUGAUUGAUACUCUAUCACUACAAGAUGGUAUUCUCUAUCUACCACCAAUUCAAUCAUUUAAUUUGGGAAAUGGAAAAGGAGAAGAAGAAAAUGAAAGUUUUGAAUUGGAAAUUUCAAUAUUAAAGAAUAACAAACAACAACAAGAUAAACUAGAUAAUAAUAAUAAUUUAUAUAAUAUAUUUCCAAUUGCAAACAAGAUUAAAAUUUCAAGAAUUAAUACACCAGAAUCAAAUGGAUAUGCAUCAUAUACAAAUCAAUUGGUACAAUAUUUUAAUAAUUCCUCUGCGAGUGAUAUUAUUAGAGUUAUGAAACAAGGUGAUAUAUUUUCAAUCAAUGAAAAUGAUAAUAAUAAUAAUGGUGGACAAUUAAUAUUUUUCAAAGUUGAACAAAUUCAAUCACCAACCAAUAAUACAACAACACAAACUAUUGGACCACCAGAGACUGAAUUAUUUAUAAUAGAUUAUAGAAAAUGUACAGUCAUUCAAGAAGGUUCAUGUAAUUCAUUUUUACCAAAUAAUAUCAAAUCAUUCUCUGAUCGAUUACAUCAUCCAGAAUCUUCAGUCAUUGCAUACAAUGAUGAAUUUUUAAAAUUACAAAAUAUCAUUUCAACUUUUACAACGUCAACAAUUGUUGAAAAUCAAUCAAAUCAAUCAAAUUUAAAUCUAUUAGAUAUAGAUUAUAAUUGUUCAAUAUUGAUUAAAGGAUUAAAAGGAAUUGGAAAGAAAACAAUGAUUAAACAAUUGGCAGAUCGAUUAGGUACAAGUACCAUUACAAUUGAUUGUUUUGAAUUGUUUAGUUUUAAUGAAAAGGAAAAAGAAGAUAAUUUAAAAAAUGCUUUAAUCGCUGCUUCAGACAAUGUACCAUGUAUUGUCAUUUUGGAACAUUUCGAUGUUUUAGAACAAUCUCCUUCAACUUCAUUAUUGGAAAAAAAAGAAUCAAAUAUUACUAGUAUUUUAAAAGAUACUAUUCAAUUAAUUAAUGAUAAAUUUUCAACAAUUCAACAAAAUCAAAAUAAUAAUCAAAAUAAUAAUUCAUUAAUAAUAAUUGGAACUGUUGAAACUACUGAUGAAAUGUCUGGUAAAUUAAGAGGUUGGUUUAAAUAUGAAAUUGAAUUAUUGUCACCAGAUGAAAAUCAAAGAAAAAUAUUAUUAAAAUCAAUAUUUAGAAAUAUACCAUUGAAUAAUUCAGUUUCAAUUUCAAAUAUAGCAAUGAGAACAGCAUCAUUUUUACCAUUAAAUUUACACCAAUUACGUGAGAGAUCAGCAAUGGCAGCAUUGAAAAGAGUAUUUCAAUCAUUGACUGACAAGUCUAUCAAUGCUCAAGAUAUAUGUUCAUGUGGUGUAGUGGUUGGAAGUGAUGAUAUUUCAGAUGCAUUGGCAGAUAUGCAAGGAUAUCAAUCAUCGUCGAUUGGAGCACCAAAAAUUCCAAAUGUAAAAUGGGAUGAUGUUGGUGGUUUGGCCAAUGUAAAGAGUGAAAUUAUGGAUACCAUCCAAUUGCCACUCGAAAACCCACAUUUAUUUGCAAGUGGUAUUGGAAAGCGAUCUGGUAUUUUAUUGUAUGGUCCACCUGGUACUGGUAAGACAUUGAUGGCCAAAGCCAUUGCAACAGAGUGUUCACUUAAUUUCCUAUCCGUCAAGGGACCAGAACUGAUCAAUAUGUACAUUGGAGAGAGUGAAAAGAAUAUUAGAGAUAUUUUUAAUCGUGCACGUCAAGCUAAACCAUGUGUCAUCUUUUUCGAUGAACUAGAUUCUCUGGCACCGGCAAGAGGUGCAGGUGCCGAUAGUGGUGGUGUUAUGGAUCGUGUAGUCUCUCAACUAUUGGCUGAAUUGGAUGGAAUGCAAGGAGCAUCAGAUGUAUUUAUCAUUGGUGCUACUAAUAGACCAGAUUUAUUGGAUCCUGCAUUGAUGAUUCCAGGUCGUCUUGAUCGUCUACUUUAUCUUGGUAUAUCAUCAGACAAGGAAUCACAACUUAAAAUUGUUCAAGCUCUUACACGUAAAUUCCAUCUAGACGAUGAUGUUGACCUUCAUGCCAUUGUUGCCAAAUGUCCAUUCAAUCUAACUGGUUCAGAUUUCUAUGCCCUCUGUUCAGAUUCACUUGCCAAUUCUAUUAAAGAUAAAAUUAAUCAAUUGGAAGAUCAAAGAAAAUCAAGAAGAAAGGAAUUUGGAUCAAUUGGAGAAGAUGAAUUUAUUGAACAAUUACAAAAACAACAAAAACAAGUAAUAGUUAAACAAAAACAUUUCCUUGAAGCUGUUGAUAAUCUUGUUCCAUCAGUUAGUCAAGAUGAAUUACAAUAUUAUCAUAAAGUUCAAAAACAAUUUAGUAAAUAA